CCGGACAGACAGUCGCCAUAUUUGCUUGUAUUUGGGUACCUUGUGUUGGGGUGAAUAGGUGCAGUGUGUUGUGUUUUUGUUGCACAUUAAAGGUAGUAGGUUUGAACCCUCGCUGGUUUAAAGGUAAAGGUGGGAUUCAGAGCCGCUGUAAAACGUGAUUUAGGGGUUACAGGUGAAAGAAUGGGCCGCUCUCGGAGCCGCAGCUCGUCGCGCUCUAAACACGGUAAGGGCAGCGGAGGCACUAAGCACAGUAAGAAGCGCGUGAGCCGCUCCAGAUCCCACUCGCACUCCAAAGACCGAGAAAGGAGCAAAAAGCGCUCGCGCUCCCGUGAGAACAAGCGCAGCCGCCGCAAAGAAUCGCGUUCCCGGUCCCGCUCCAAAUCCAACAGAGAACGGGCCCGCGCCGCUUCUCCCCGCGAAGUAGUGGACAUUUUCGGCCGUACACUGAGUAAGCGCACCGCCGCCGAGGAGAAACAGAGGAAAGAGGAUGAGGAGAAGAAAGCAGAGAUGGAACGACAGAGGAAGAUUCGCCAGCAGGAGAUUGAAGAGCGUCUGAUCGAGGAGGAGACAGCGCGGCGCGUGGAGGAGAUGGUAGCCCGGCGAGUAGAGGAGGAGCUCGAGAAACGGCGUGACGAGAUCGAGCACGAAGUUUUGCGGCGUGUUGAAGAGGCAAAGCGCAUCAUGGAGGCGCAGCUGCUGCAGGAGCUGGAGAGACAAAGACAGGCUGAACUGAGUGCACAGAAAGCUCGCGAGGAGGAAGAAAAAUCCAAACGGGAGGAGUUGGAGAAAAUUUUAGAGGAGAACAACAAAAAGAUUGCUGAAGCUCAGGCCAAACUGGCUGAAGAUCAGCUGCGUAUAGUGGAGGAGCAGCGAAAGAUCCACGAGGAGCGAAUGAAGCUGGAGCAGGAGAGGCAGAGACAGCAGAAGGAAGAGCAGAAGAUCAUCCUGGGGAAGGGCAAGUCCCGACCUCGCCUCUCCUUCUCGCUCAAAGCCACGGAGUGAUCACUCUAUCUCCCAUUCGCUCCGUUUUCUCCCUUCCUCGGUCUGAAUGAGAACUACGUAACUUGAUCAUUUGAAGAGAAUUACCAGGAGUUUGAUCUAAAAAAGGCCUCUCCUGCUGCCGGUUUCUCUCCUGUGGGUUCGAACAAACUUCCCAAACUCCUGACCCGGGAAAACGUUUGCAGAUCCUUCUGACACAAGGCUGGACUUUGCGGCCACCUCCACAGACUUUUACGUUUUAGCGGCUUUUAUGUUUCCUCCGACGUUAAAUGAUGCUCCGUCUUCAUCCAUUUCGGUUUUUACUAAAUUGCAAAAGCAAAGAGAAGAGUGAGUGUGUACGUAUGUGUGUGUGUGUGUGUGCGAGCGCGGUGAAACGUGUGUGCUUGGAAAGGUCAUACAAGGGUUAGGGUGCUACCUUGAUUUUGGAUGUUGAGGCAAAUGGAAGCCAUCCAUGUCCAAAAGUGGGUUCAAAUGCAUUGUUGGGGUGGGGGAAGAAAAAAAAUCAGGAGGGGGUUGGGGGAAUUUGUAAUGAAGCGUGUAUGCGUGCAGCGAGUUUGUGGUCCCACAGCGAGCUCCUGAAUAGCCCGUCAUCCAUUGUUCCUAACAAAUCGUGUUAAUAGCAGUAUGUCCUGUUUUAUUCGACCUUCGACCCAGUUCAUUGGCUAAUGUAGGAAUGUGACAAAACAGUGGAAGAGAUCUGUCUGCAAUCAGCACUUCUCACUUACUGUGCUGAUCUGGACUCGAUUAGACCCUCAGUUCAGGUAAAUAAUGUGCAGGUUGUGUGAAUGUCUACUGUUUGAAUACAAAGGAAAUCGGGAGAUGCAGGUAAGAUUGUUCUGUGUGUGUGUGUGUGUGUUAGGUUAUAGCUUAUACUGUGGACAAUUUUCUCCUGUCUUGUAAAUUAAAACGAACUGUUCAUUAAUAAAUUCUUCACAUAGGCCGCCA